UCCCUCCAGAAGGAUUUGGAAGCCGAAGGUCUGGGUUCUAGUUUCCUUUGCUACGAAUGAUCUGUAUUGUGACCUUGGACAAGUCGUUUGCCGGCUCCAGACUCCUGGGCUUUCUCUUCAGUACAAUGAACCGAGGUCUCGAAGCUCUCUUCCAGCUCAGUGAACCUCGUCAGGAUCUGGAACACUGACCCCAGAAGGCUUGCCCUGCAGCUACCUCUGCCUGCAACUCCAUCAUGCCUUUCCCCUGGGGACUCUGCCUGAUGUACCGGAGCUGGUCAAGACCUCUCCAAAGGACAGCCCCACUUCUGGGCUCCCUGGCCCGGCAUCUGACACUGAGCACGCCAAAGAGAAUCUCAGAUUUCAAUAGUUUUGUUGUUCGGACUAAUACUUGUGGAGAAUUGCGUUCCUCUCACUUGGGCCAAGAUGUCACCUUGUGUGGAUGGAUUCAAUACAGAAGACAAAGCCUUUUCCUGAUCCUGAGAGACUUCCAUGGACUCAUUCAAGUCGUCAUUCCCCAAGAUGAGUCAGCUGCCUCUGUGAAGAAAAUAUUGUGUGAAGCACCUAUAGAAUCUGUUGUUCAGGUUACUGGAACUGUUAUCUCACGGCCUCCAGGGCAGGAAAAUCCAAAAAUGCCAACAGGUGAAAUUGAAAUCAAAGUGAAAACAGCUGAACUUUUGAAUCCUUGCAAGAAGUUGCCCUUUGAAAUUAAGGACUUUAUAAAGAAAACAGAAGCUCUUCGUAUGAAAUAUCGCUACUUAGACUUACGUAGUUCCCAAAUGCAGUAUAACCUAAGACUGAGAUCUCAGAUCGUCAUGAAAAUGCGGGAAUACCUCUGUAAUCUACAUGGGUUUGUGGAUAUUGAAACACCAACAUUAUUUAAGAAAACUCCAGGGGGUGCAAAAGAAUUUGUAGUACCAUCAAGGGAACCCGGAAAGUUUUAUUCUCUUCCUCAGAGUCCUCAACAGUUCAAGCAGCUUUUAAUGGUUGGAGGUUUUGACAGAUACUUCCAAAUUGCCCGUUGUUAUCGAGAUGAAGGUUCUAAGCCAGAAAGGCAACCUGAAUUUACCCAGGUUGACAUAGAGAUGUCUUUUGUAGACCAGGCUGGAAUCCAAAAAUUAAUUGAGGGCUUGCUUCAGUAUUCGUGGCCUGCGGAUAAAACCCCUCUUACUAUUCCUUUCCCUUCUAUGACUUACACUGAGGCUUUGAACUUAUAUGGGACUGACAAACCAGAUACUCGCUUUGGAAUGAAGAUUGUUGAUGUCAGUGACAUAUUUCGGAAUGCAGAGAUUGAAUUUCUUCAAGAUGUACUUAAAGAACCCCAAGGCACCAUCAAAGCCAUAUGUAUUCCUGGAGGAGCAAAAUAUUUGAGAAGUAAAGACUUUGAGACCAUUAAGCAAUUUGCCAUUGACCAUUUUAAUCAGGAGGUUUCACCCGUAUUUCUGAAGACCAGUGGAAGUGGGAAAUCUCCACUUACUAAACUCUUAAAGGAAGAGGAGAAAUCAACCUUAAUCAGACUAAUGAGGGUCCAGGAAGAAGAUGUGCUUCUGUUAGCUGCUGGAGAGCAUAAAAAAGUGUGUUCUGUAUUAGGAAAAUUACGGCUAGAAUGUGCUGACCUUCUGGAGGCCAGAGGAGUAGAGCUUCGUGAUCCAGCUCUGUUCCACUUCCUCUGGGUGGUAGAGUUUCCACUCUUCCUUCCUAAAGAAGAGGAUCCCACAGAACUAGAAUCAGCCCAUCAUCCAUUUACCGCUCCUCACCCCAGCGAUAGCCACCUUCUCUACACUGAGCCAGAAAAGGUUCGAAGCCAACAUUAUGAUUUAGUGCUGAAUGGCAGUGAGAUAGGAGGUGGCUCUAUUCGAAUUCAUAAUGCAGAGCAGCAACAGUAUGUUCUGGAAACAGUGUUAAAGGAAGAUGUUAAAAUGCUCUCUCACCUACUUCAGGCUUUAGAUUUUGGGGCGCCGCCCCAUGGAGGAAUUGCUUUAGGGCUAGACAGAUUAGUGUGCCUUGUCACUGGAGCACCAAGCAUAAGAGACGUCAUUGCCUUUCCAAAGUCCUUCCGGGGACAUGACCUGAUGAGCAAUGCCCCAGAUUACAUGUCUCCUGAAGAUAUAGAGCCCUACCAUAUCCAGGUCAAGAGCCCAGGAGUCACAGACAGAAAAGAUGUCAAGUCUGUCAUCUGUGAAACUGAGUCUUCACAAGAGUUGGUGUUCCCGAGCCUUGCCAAAGCUGAGAAUCCCUAGACCAGACUCCUGAACAUCAGGGAAGAAGGAAGUCCAGCCCAUGGCCAGAUGGCCAGUAAAGAAGGUGUGCAACACAUGGAAGGUGUCUCCUCUCUCAAUCAUAGAAACCAGCAUUGUCACAGACAGAGACGCUGGGCCCAUUGGGUGGCUAGGAUGGCUGCUUUGUGCCCCACCAUGGUUCUCCAGGGUGUUCUUGGGAGCAAAAAUGGCCAGUAUUGUGUCAGGUAGAAAAUGCUGCAAUCCCUAGGAUUUGGUGAUUCAGGCCCAAUACAGGGUCUUAUCCCACAGUAGAACUGGCUAAAUUGUGAUGUUUCACUUGCAGUGUGGAAGAGGGAACUGGACACCAGGCAAGAAGUCAGCAGGCCCAGCUCUAGGGUCAGGGACCCCAAGAUUGUCUCACACUCAGCCAGGGUCUUUAUCUGCAACCUAAUCAUGAUAUUAUUGACCUACCUCACAAGGUAGUUAUGAGGAUUAAAGGGAAAAUAAAAAUGUUCUGCAUCUCUUAAGUGCUACUAUUAACUACCAAAAAUACAUAUAUAGAAGCAGCUAAUCAGUUGUAUAACUAAAGCCCAAACAAAAAUGAAUAACAGAUUUGUAAAUCAAUUGUUUUAUGUUGUUUAAAGAAUACUAAUUUAAUUACUAAAUGUAAACCUCUGGAUUAGAAACGUCAGGAAAUGAGGUACUAAUUGCGAUUUGAUGACAUAGAAAGAAUACAAGGUUUAUGUUCUGACUACCACACUAGUGGUAACCUUGUGUAUCUUGGGGCUUACUUAACUGACACUCAGCUACAAUUCCUAAAUUACCAAACUCAGAAGAGUUUGUUGUGAGGAAAACAUUUCAUGGCCUAUAUAACACAGCUAUAUAAAAGUGAUCUUAAUGGUACUAAUGAAAAGAAGAAAGUUGGUUCAGUUAAUUAAUGAUUAGAGUUGACACUAGAAAUAUAAACAGGACUAUGAUUAAUUAUACUUCCCUGACUUACCUUAAAUUGGAUUAUAUGCCUUUGGUCCAAAAUUUUAAAUAGCUUGAUGUACCUUCCUUUUUUUCAUUAUAUUACAGUUGAGAGAUAUAAAUCUUGGGCUUAUGAUCUAAUCAGCUAAAAAAAUAUAUUUUUCUGAUGUAUAGAAUUUGUCUUUGAUUCUGUUUUGAGAUGUACAUAAUAUAAAUGGAGUUAAACUACAGAAAAGUUGGU